GCUCCAUCGCUUGGAUCUCUGGCGAACUCCGGCAUCCCGUGUCUCCGUUUCUGUUCAGUGCCAGAGGGACCACUCUUGUACAGGGUCAGGACCCAUCUUAACCUCAGCAUAUGGGGUCCAUCUCAUGCUUAACCUCAGCAUACUUGCCAGGACCCUGGGGGGACACAGACCCAGGAAGAGUGCUGGCCUGAAGGGCCUGGCCAGCAAUCCUGGGGUGAGGGCCUCCUCUGGGGUGCCAGCCAGCCGCUCCCUCUCCCCUGCAGAGUUUCGCACUGUGUGGCACCGCGGCAUGCGGCUGCCAGCCUCCAGAGGGCGCAGCUUGGACCGCGAUGGGGCCGGGCCGCAGCCUCCUAACGGGGCUCUCUUCUGGGGCGGAGGCCGGAGCACCCCCGCCGCCCCCUGCGGCGCCGCCCACCCGCCAUGAACGGCCUGUCGGUGAGCGAGCUCUGCUGCCUCUUCUGCUGCCCGCCCUGCCCUGGCCGAAUCGCUGCCAAGCUUGCCUUCCUGCCGCCAGAGCCCACCUACUCGCUGGUGCCUGAGCCCGAGUCAGGGCCUGGUGCCACCCCCUCCGGCCCCCUUCGGGCUUCAGCUGGCCCUCCGGGACGCUGGAAGCUGCACCUGACGGAGCGGGCUGACUUCCAGUACAGCCAGCGGGAGCUCGACACCAUCGAGGUCUUUUUGACCAAGAGCAGCCGCGGCAGCCGUGUCACCUGCAUGUACGUGCGCUGCGUGCCCGGUGCCAGGUACACGGUUCUCUUCUCCCACGGCAAUGCGGUGGACCUGGGUCAGAUGAGCAGCUUCUAUGUGGGCCUGGGCACGCGCAUCAACUGUAACAUCUUCUCCUACGACUACUCCGGCUACGGCGCCAGCUCGGGCAGGCCCUCGGAGAAGAACCUCUACGCCGACAUUGACGCCGCCUGGCAGGCCCUGCGCACCAGGUAUGGCAUCAGCCCGGACAGCAUCAUCCUGUAUGGGCAGAGCAUUGGCACGGUGCCCACCGUAGACCUGGCCUCGCGCUACGAGUGCGCUGCUGUGGUGCUGCACUCCCCGCUGACCUCGGGCAUGCGCGUUGCCUUCCCCGACACCAAGAAGACCUACUGCUUCGAUGCAUUCCCCAACAUUGAGAAGGUGUCCAAGAUCACGUCGCCCGUGCUCAUCAUCCACGGCACCGAGGACGAAGUGAUCGACUUCUCGCACGGCCUGGCGCUCUACGAGCGCUGCCCCAAGGCCGUGGAGCCCCUGUGGGUGGAGGGCGCAGGCCACAACGACAUAGAGCUCUACAGCCAGUACCUGGAGCGCCUGCGCCGAUUCAUCUCCCAGGAGCUGCCCAGCCAGCGCGCCUAGCUGCCAGCCGGCCUGGACCUCAGCAAUAAGGACCUGCCCCAUCUGCCGGCCGGCGGGGCUGCAUGAGAACCCCGCCACAUUCCUGCCCACCCGGCAGCGCACUGACCCCUGUGGGGCGGCGCCAGGGCCGCGGACAAUGUACAGGCGAUGGAGCUACACACUCCUUUCCUUUUGGAAGCAUAAGAAAAAGAGCCUCAAAAAUUAAAGAUUUAAAGUUUUCA